CAGCCCAUUGUUGUGAGUAGAGACCAAUGUCCCAGGGAGGCAGACAACUCCUGACUCCACCCUCCCAGCUCACACUGACCACAUCAGACCAAGCCACAGAGAGCUCUCGACUACACCUGGAUUACAUGCUGGGGUCACAUCGAUAAGUUUUCCUAGGUCACAUCGAUAAGCCUUCUUUGAUCACAUCGAUAAGCCUUCUUUGAUCACAUCGAUAAGCCUUCUUUGAUCACAUCGAUAAGCCUUCUUUGAUCACAUCGAUAAGCCUUCUUUGAUCACAUCAAUAAGUUUACUUGAUCCGAGCAGGUGAUAUUGAUGUGAUAACACUUCAGGUAACUGCUCCACCUAGGUAACUGCUAUUUGAACAUCAGAUUUCUGCAAUAAUGGUGUCAGCGGGACCCAAGAUGGCGUCGGUGUGUCUGGCACUGACUCUAUUUGUGUCGGGCACUCUGGCGUCAUGCCGUCCUGACUCCGUCAUCGACAUGUCACACCCACUUGACAGCCACGCCCUCUUGUGGCCAGGGGGUGACGCUGCUUUCAACUUCACAAUCCUCACCCGCGGGCGGACGCCCCAGGGCUUUUGGCUGGAGUUAAACAAGUUCACAACACCCGAGCAUGUGGGCACCCACCUAGACGCACCGUCCCACUUUAGUGAGGGUCACUGGCGUGUGGACCAGAUCCCCCCGGCUCGUCUGGUGGGGCCGGGCAUCGUGGUGGACGCCCGACCCCAGGUGGCCAACAACCCUGACUACAGGCUCACUGUUGAAGAUUUGACCCGCUGGGAGGAGCUACAUGGGCGUAUCCCGGACCGUGCCAUCGUCUUCAUGUGGACGGGCUGGGACACCCGCUACCCCGACCCCUUCGCCACCUUCAACACCCCCACCCCACAGAACAGCUCCACCUUCCAUUUUCCAGGCUACCACCCUGACGCGGUCCGCUGGCUACUAGAUGACCGUGACCUUGGCAUGCUGGCCAUAGACACACCGUCCAACGACUACGGCCAGACGCGCGUGUUUGACGUGCACCAGAUGAUUGGCCGCGCUAACGUCAUGGGGCUAGAGAACGUCAACAGGAUCGGCCAACUUCCGGUCAGGGGCGCCACCAUCGUGGUGGCCCCGGUCAAGCUGACCGACGGCAGUGGCGGGCCAGUCAGGAUCCUGGCCAUGCAGUGUGGUAGUGGCAACACUGGCAGUCGUCUGCUUCCAUUCUGGCACAUCUGGUAGUGUCUGUG